CGUUGUUUUUCAAAUCCUGGUGCAGGCUAACGAGCCUACUGAGCUAUCGGAGAGCGACCUGUCGGGCGUAUUAAGGCGGUAUCUGCUGUCAGCUGUUUCUAAGUUAUAGUGGCACUUUACUGUGGCAUUAAUAUACUCGUUAACAUCUUUUAGCAGAACUUGAAUGCCGGUAAUUCUGCGUUGUUUGAAGAUGUCUUCGCGGCUGUACACGCCUAAUAAACUCACCGGACAAGUACGCCACUCACUGUUGUCAGUGUCGUCUGAACUUAAACCAGUCAACAUUGGCGAAAUUACGUCUGCAGAAGACAGCUUUCGGCUGAAUUAUGUCACCGGGAACCUGUUCUCCUGCCCUGAGGAUGAGGCUUUGGCCCACUGCAUUAGUGAGGACUGCCGCAUGGGGGCAGGCAUAGCAGUGAUGUUCAAGCAAAAGUUCAAUGGGGUAGAGGAGUUAAAGGCACAGAAAAAGCUGCCGGGACAGUGUGCUGUGUUGAAAAGAGACAGACGCUUUGUCUAUUAUCUGAUCACAAAGAAAAAGGCCAGCCAGAAACCGACCUAUGACAGCCUGAGACAGAGCCUGAAGGACAUGAAGGCACACUGUAAACUAAAUGGAGUGACAAGAAUAUCAAUGCCUCGUAUCGGUUGUGGCCUCGAUAAACUGAGCUGGGACAGAGUGUCGCUGAUCCUGGAACAGGUGUUCAAACACACAAACAUCUCCAUCACGGUCUACAGCCUUCCCAAGAGAGCAGAGACCAGAGUGAUACAGGAAAACAUGCGCAGAUGAUUGAUGGAAAAGUUUGUUAAUUGUAAUAUUUUAUGUUGCACAUAUUUUGCAUUGCAUAUUUUCUGUUUAUGCACUUUUCUGUAUUCCCUCAAUACGUGGCCAUGAUGAUAAUCUUUUUCAGUGAAAAAUGUUAUUUUACAGAUUAAAUGGAAAUAAAUUUUCUUUUUGUGCGCAAAAAUUCAA